AGGCGAACGGAUUUGUUCACGGUGGACCAGAAAACCCACCCCCAUGUCGUUUCAGGCGCCUCAUGACUCAAUUAUACUCUCGUCAUUCAAAUAGCUCACCUUAAUUUAAUCCCUCUUAACUAACAAACUCUAGCUCGCCCACGUCGCAGCAUCACCUUACUUCAGUUCGACCCGAUCCCGUCAUACCCUCAAGUCUCUCCUGACAAAGACCGCCACUUCAAUCCCAAACAUCCUCUUCGUUUACACCUUCGUUGCUCCCCUCAUGCGUCCUUGUACUUUCCCGUCGGCCUAACGAUCUUUCAUUGGGAUGUAUAGCUUUUUGUUUUUCCAGUCAAUACUAACUAAUCCCCGGUGAUCAUGCCCAUAUUCCAGGAUCCAGAUCGUCAGCGGUUCUAUGACCUAUGGUCGGAUGACCACCCGCCGAUAAGAGAGGAUGAGCGCCAAAUUGGGGGCUCCUCUUGGGCCCAUCAUCAUAGGGAGCUGGAACCCUCAGGAAGGCGUACUAAUUUCCCUGAUGAGACAUCUAUAUCAGAUUACAGUCUGUCAGAUUUACGUACCUGCGACCGAGAGGGAUUGAUUCAUUACAUCAAGAACGCCGAUACCUCGGCUUGGGCGCAUACGCUGUAUGGAGAUUCAAAUGCUGGCCAUUCCAUCUCCCGCACGCCGGACAAAGCAUCCGACAUGAAAGCCGGAUUUAUUGAGCAAGGCGUUCCUAGCGAUAGCCCUGGUACAAAUGAUCAGGAAUUAAGCUCGCCAGCUGAUAUCCAGCGCCCUCGGUCAGCGCUACAUUCUGGCGACUUUCGAGAAGGGGCCCGUCAGGAUUCGCAAUCAUUACCGCAAUCACCGCUACAUGGACAAGAUACCGGCUCACGGUUUCCCCUUCUGGGCUCUUCACCAACUGCCCCUUGGUUCACGGCCCCCAUUUUUGCAUCGCCCUCGAGAACGCAAUCUACCACAAUCAGUGUGUCUGAUGAGAACGUGAGGCCACCAUCCCGCUCACGGGCACCGUCGGUGGGCUCCUUCUCUUCUAGUUACGUCCUAAAGGCGCCGACAAGCCCUCUUGUAUACCAGGCGAACAAUACCGAUUUAGAUUUUUCCUCCAGAAUCGAUUCAACUGAACAACUUGGUCCCUUGGAGAGGGCCAACCGUCGUCGUACGCUACCGCCAGAGACUUUCCGGCACCUUCAAUCGUCACCCACAACCCACCGAGGAGCAUUCAACUUCCAGUCCGACCAUUCCCCUGGGAAAUGGAAUGAUUCGCUCCCGUUCCACCAUUAUAAUCCACGCCGGUCUUUAAACUCAGCGUAUACCCUUCAACUAGCGUCUUCGGUGCAAAGUCCAUCCUCCAGAAUCAGGCGGCCCUCGUUUGCUGCGGAAAAGUCUUCCAGGCCGCAUGCUCCAUUAGUUGGGUCCUAUGAGGAAUCCAUUUUACGUGGAAGAAUGUCAAUGAAUCCAUCAAAACCACUCGAUUUCACAGCUCAAAUAGGUGUUUUAGGGAAAGGCAAAUGUAAAGCGAAUCUCAAGUGCCCACCCCACGUCACCAUUCCGUUUCCAGCAGUUUUCUACAGCUAUCCCACUUCGGGGAGCGGUCGCUCGAUUUCGGACGAUAACCCUAGUCCUUACGUUGGCUUGAUAGACUUGGAGAACUCUCUUCCAAAGGACACAACAGCUACAAGUCGACGCCGCAGACAGCAGCAAAGCCCCGCACGUGUCUGCGGUGAAAUGACAGACAAUCCACCACCGCCUAGGGCCAAUGACCAAGAUACUCUUCGCAGAAGAGAGAAGAGACACAGGAGGGCCGAAUCACCCAGAUGUCCACCAGGGGGCUGCUAUCGAAUCCCUCAACAGGGCCAGCUCCAGGUCAUGAUAAAAAAUCCGAACAAGACAGCUGUGAAAUUAUUCUUGAUUCCAUACGAUCUCAGCGACAUGGAACCUGGAAGCAAGACAUUUAUUCGGCAGAGAAGCUAUUCAGCGGGUCCUGUCAUCGAUAUGCCGUUAACUGCACGGAAGAACUAUGGGACCGAUCGUCCAGAGGUGUCCUUGAACUCAUCGGAGGACCCGAAGGACAAGCCUAUCCUGAGGUAUCUGAUACAUUUGAACAUAUGCUGUCCGUCCAAGGGCCGUUUCUAUCUACACUCAAGCAUCCGUGUUGUUUUUGCUAAUCGAGUUCCUGACGGCAAAGAAAGGCUCCGGAAUGAGAUCCAGCAUCCGGAGCCGCGAUAUGCGCCGUAUAAGCCUGCUCGUGAUGUCAAUCAGACGCAGUUGAAUACGAAGCUAGUAACGGAUGGUGGAUGCCGAAGAUCAGCUGCUGAUCAAGGAUCUAUUCCAGCUUCAUUACCCUAUCUUGCUUCCCCAUGUGGACAAGAGGGUCAGCCUGCAACACCAAUACCAGCCAUUGAAGCACAGACCGUCUCUAGUAACUUAAAGGAUGCCCGGUCGGGGCAGCGAGCUCCUCAUCCUUUCCGGCCCAUUCCAUCCCUAAGGGAAGAAGUACUUCCCCUGCAUGAUUACGAUGCAGCCGAGCCCUAUCAAACUGGUAGCGGAACGUAUAGUAAACUCACCAAAGGAGACCUUGGAUACGGUGGCUAUCCAUUCAGCCCCAUGGGCGGCUCUGAAGCCGGCGAAAGCCUACUCGCCAAACGACUGAGAGGACUAGAUGUACAGAAGCAUAAUUCAUCGGGCAUCAAUUAAAGCCACCCAAGAUUACCAAACCGCCCGUCGACACACUCCACCUAGGCCCGCUCCACAUCUCUAUCAGUAUAAAUCGUCUUAUCUAGUCUUUCCUUUUGCUAUCUCUUUUUCUCGUUGACUUGUUACCACAGUGCAGGAUACACGCUGCCUAACUGACAUUCAAGGUGCAGGCUCAUCUUCUGGACAUGAACACAAUCGCCCCCCGCUUUCCACAAUCCUACACGGGCCAGCCAGGGCGCAAAACAUACGUACUUUAAUACCCAAGUUCUCAUAUUUUCAAUUCACGGCGUCAACAAUGCUUCGGAGUCCAGGAAGUCUCCUCUCUUUUCACUGAUUCGUUUAUUUUGUCAAGGCGUACAGAGUUCAAGUUCAAGUGGCGGUCAUCUGUCUUGCGAGUAUUGAGUGUUUUCUAACGUGUUUUGCUCUGGUUGUGUGGGAGGUUGGCUACUUAGGUUAAAUAUACGGUUAAACAGAAUAACACAUACGCAUAUACGUUGACAGAAAGUUCUCUGAGAUAUACCUUUAUCUAUUCGUACCUGAUUGCGCCAGUGACUACUAACUCACCUAGAUAUCUGCGAACUUUUUUCUUUCCAAGACCAAGCUCGGCAAUACGACGCAAGAAACGAGCCAGCAGGAAGAUCAGUCGUCCCCUAUGCGGGCAGUUACUUCUAAGUACGCAGCACAAAGUCCC